AUCAAUGAUAAAAGUUAUCAAAGAUCUGUCAUAGAGUUAGAACGGGAUAUGAGAUACAUGUACGAAAGACUUGGAUUAAUGGUAACUAUGUAUAGCCUUAAAAAGAAGAUUGAUUAUAAAUUGGAGGAUCCUGAAUUAGAAACUAACUUUACUAUCACUGAAUUUAUUCCACGAAGUAUUAAAUAUAAGGGUCAGGAAUCAUUAUCUUCUCAUUUAACAUUUGAAACUUCACGAGGCUCAUUACACCGUAGAUUGUGUAAAAAAGAUUUCCCAGAAGAGAUUGUCAAUGAUGGUUGUAGUACACCUGAAUUAACUGAUUCCGAUCUGAAAUAG